AAAAAAGUUUUUGACCAGGGAUUUUUGUACAUAUACAAAAUUUAAUAAUGUUUCGAUAGAUAAAGUGUAAUUUGUCCUCUUUAUCUACACCAAAUACAACUUUUGAGAGAGACUCCAAUAACACCCUCUACUCCCAAUCCCAAUUCCAUAAGCCUAAACAGAGCAAACAAUACAAGGAAAAAAAAAGGUUCUUUUUAUUGAGAGAUACAAUAUGCAAGAUCCAUCAUCAAUAUAUUCACAGAUCAAUCCUCAAUUCCCAGAUCAAGAAGUGUUGAAAUGUCCUAGAUGUGAUUCAAUCAACACAAAAUUCUGUUACUACAAUAAUUACAACCUUUCUCAGCCUCGCCAUUUCUGUAAGAAUUGUAAAAGGUAUUGGACUAAAGGAGGUAUUUUAAGGAACAUCCCAGUUGGUGGAAGCUCUCGCAAGAACACAAAACGAUCUUCUUCUUCUUCUUCAAGUAGUAUUAAACGCUCUUCAACUUCAUCAGCAGAAAAUCCAAAAACAGAGCUUUUUGCUACACCUGCUGUUCCAGCUUUUGAUCAGAAUAGCCAGAUUCUUGACGCAAACGGGCCUUUCGGCUCGCUAUUGGUGUCAAACGGGCCGGAGAUAGGUAAUUUGUUAGGAGCUUUGAAUUCUAACGGGCCUGAUUCGGGCUCAGAUGCUGCACCUCAAAGUGGGAAAAACAGUAGAGAUGAAUAUUUGGGUGAAGAAUCUAAUUGUUGGAAUGGUACUAAUGGUUGGGCUGAUCUUGCUAUUUACACCCCAGGUUCAACAUUUCAGUAAUUAAUAAUUACUUACUAGAUUAUUCCAACUUGUAUCAGUACUGUUACUACUUAAGUUGUUGCUGAUUGCAUACUAUUACUAGUUGUGUCUAGAUCAGCUUAUCGCGCAGCUGCUCAGUUAAUUUUACGGGUAUUUUUUAUUAAUACUUGUACUGAGUAACUCUAUUAAUGUCUACGGAAACUUAAUAUUUUUGCCUGCCA